CCUCCUGGGUCUGAUCUUCGAUGUGCAUUUAUUUUGAAUCGAAAAAAAAUCAGGAGCUGUGAAAUGCCUCCAUUAUAACUCAGGAACGGCAGCACGGUUGCUGGGAACAAGCCAAUGGAAACCAAACAUUAGAGAAGUCUUUCGUUCACUGAGUCAUCCUAUCUCAGAAUGAAGAAACUGGAGGAACUGUGUAAGAUGGUGGACCUGCGGCUCAUUUGCCCGCAGUGCUCCAAGAAGUCAAAUGAGAGCACUUUUAUUCUUAAAGACGUGAAACACAGCUGUCAACACCACCUAUUGGUUGCCAGGAAGCAACUGAAGAGAAAUGGCAGCUGGAGAUUAAUUCGGCGACGACCAGAAUUAGUGAACCCCUCACAUUACGACGUGUGUAGGUAUUACCUGGAAGGCUUCGGCUGCAGGAGGCACAAGAACCGUUGCACCUUUGCCUGGAGUGAAGAAGAAGCCUUCGUCUGGACCUAUGCAAGAAACCAUAACAUCCAACAAAAUGACCUUAAGUCCGCGGUGGCCAAAGCAACACGUGGCGAGAGAUCAUUUUCGAGUAAAACCAUUGAGAAACAGCAGAGUGCAGAAGAAGGAAUCGUCAACGAAUUCGAGGGGCAAUUUGUGGAGUUGUGUGCAAUUUGUUUUUACAGUGUACCUCAGCAGAUCGCCUUCAAGAGCGUCAGUGGAUUUUGUGCUUCCUCGCACAAACAUGGCUGGAGUCCAUUGUUGGUGCAUAUCCUCACAGAUGGCAACGGCAUGAAACAGUGCAAUGAAAUUAGACCAGCUAAACCUUCGGUUCACAGGUACUACUGCAAAUAUGUACUGAAGGGGGUGUUAUGCCGCCAUGGCUACAAUCGCUGCAAUUUUGCCCACAGUGCUGUUGAACUGGCAGUAUGGGAAGCAGAGAAGUUUAAUAGUUUGAAUCGUUCCGUUAUGUUAGAGGUUUCCCAGCAGCGAAGCCGGAGUGUUCAACCAGAAGCGAAGGUGGUAGCAGAAAGCGGUGUUCAGUUCUAUUGCAGGAUCUGCCUGGUAACCUUCUUUUCCCAAGAUGGGUUUCAAAAUCAUUGUUCAUCAGUGGAACACGCUCAGAUGAUCUUGGAGGACAGUACAGUUGAGUGGAAGCAUCGGAAGCCACCUCUUCAAGCCAAAAAAUACGAGCUAUGUUCAAGGAGAGAUACCUGUGAAUUUGGUGACAACUGUGUAUCCGCGCAUUCUCACGAUGAGCUUGAAGAGUGGAUAAUGCGAUUCAAGGCUACCCGGAAGCGGAGGAGAGCAGCAAAGCAACAAGGUCUGAUAUCCUAUCAGGACAAAUUGCUGGAGGACUACAAGAACUGCAGGAAUGAAGUAUUGAUUAUUUCAGAGCAGAUUGAUGGAGUAGCUAUGUCAUGUGACAAUGAUUUAAGAAUCCUUCAUCUCAGUAGAAGAUCUAAGUUAAAGUGGAACUUCCAGAUACAAUCACAGAAACCAUUGAAGUGCGUUGCAUUGCUGAAGAGAGAGCCUGGGGCGAUGUUUUGCCUGGAAGGAGAAGGCUUACCAAAGAAUUGUACUUGUGCUGAAGGCACGCAUUUCCUGACCGGGGAAACCUCCUAUCAUGUCGGCCUCUCAUUUAAAGCCACAAACUUCGGAAUCUACGACCAGUGGGUAGUGUUCGAUUUUGGUAGAAGGCCUGUGCUCGUCAGGAAGAUUUACAUCAGCAUAGAGAACAUUACCCAAACGCUUCAAAAUCCCUGCAGUGAAUUCCGGGUCGCCAAUCUGGACAAGUGGCACAGCGGCAAUCGAAGAAUAGUGCCUUGCAUGGAGAAAUCCGAAUAUGAGCUCCUGGUGCUACAGAAGUACAAACCGCCUUCGGUGUCACUCGAGUACAAAGUUAAAGAUGUGGCAAAGAUCCCCAUGACCUGCAUGAAUUACAGGGAACGAAUGCACAACUUCCUCUUCCAGGAGGAACAAGCGGAAACCAAUAUUCUCUCAAGACUCAGUCAACGGGUGAUCAUUACUGUCACUGAGAAGUUGGAGGACACACGCGAAGGACUGAUGAUUGCACAAAGUGGGGACCUCUUUGCAGUCGUGCCGCUAUCUUUCGCUCUGACCCCUGAUACGAACGAAGGCUUCCUUUUCAAGAGAGUAGUUAAGACUGCCCUCCUAGCACUGAACCCUUCCUCAAACAAUGUGGUUUAUGAAGUUGCCAUCAUUCACGAGGCAACGACAGAAAAUCGCAUCGCUCUGAAGCUCUCGUCACGAUGCCACACUGAUCUCGCUUUCCAGAAAGGAAACAGCCACGCCGUAGAGAUUCAGUUCCAAUUAGAUCGGCUCUUAUUCUGCUUCAGGCAUCAAGCAGUAGACCUGCUUCCAACCGAGAAGAUUGUUUUUCCAGAUGUUGUCGCCUGUUUCAUUCCUCGUUAUACUGGAUUCAUUCCAAUCUGUAACCAAAAGCAACGUGCCGCUAUGAGCUACAUCGCUGGACAAACCUUUGGAGAGAAACCUGCCGCACCUCUACUAAUCUACGGUCCUUUUGGAACUGGUAAAACCUUUACCUUGGCAACGUCAGCCAUGGAAAUCUUGAAGAAACCAGGCACCAGAGUGUUGCUAUGUACAGACACAAACAGUGCUGCCGACCUGUACGUUAAGGAAUAUUUUGAUCAAUAUGUGUGUUCAGGGCAUCCUGAAGGAAGACCGCUGAGAAUUAAAUACAUCAAGCAAAACCCCAGCCACACUGACCCCAAAACGAAACAGUACUGCUUGAUCUCUGACAAUGCCUUCUAUUACCCUGACCGAAGUCUUCUGGACAAGUACCAGAUAGUCAUCACAACUUGUACAGAGGCCAAGCUGUUUCAGGAGCUUAAGCUGCCGCUUGGGUAUUUCACACACAUUCUGAUUGACGAAGCAGCUCAGAUGUUGGAAUGCGAUGCACUGAUCCCCUUGGCUUUAGCGGACGCCACCACACGCAUUGUCUUGGCAGGAGAUCACAUGCAGGCCACGCCGAAGCUUUUUUCCGUUGAAAGCAGCCAGGUGGCCGACCACACUCUGUUGAAUCGCCUCUUCCAAUACUACCAGAAGGAGAAGCACGAGAAGGCAACCAAAAGCCGCAUCAUCUUCAGGGAGAACUACAGAUCGGUGAAGGAGAUCAUCGACUUUGUGUCGAAGCAUUUUUACGUGGGGAAGACCGACGCCAUUCAGGCAAGCGGAAACGUUGCCAGACACCCGACCUUCUAUCCAUUGAUGUUUUGCCACGUUCACGGGAAAUGCACUUUUGACUCCUCUAAUAGGUCCUGGUACAAUGACAUGGAAUCACCUCAAGUCGUUGAACAGGUACAGGCUGUACUAAAAGACUGGCCCGUGGAGUGGGGAGUGAUGGAUCCACAGACAGUGUGCGUACUGUCUGAGGGGACACAGGUCCAAUUGGUGAGACAGGAACUCCGGAAAUGUGGGCUGAGAUCAGUUGCUGUAGAGAAUGUGUCAAAUAUUCAAGGAAGGCAGUUCAGAGUGAUAAUUAUUUCUACAGUUCACACUCGUGAAAGUAGUGUUUCUUUAGACACCUGCAUUGAGUUUUUCAAUGACUCAAGGGUUUUGAACACAGCCAUGACACGGGCCCAGUCUUUAGUGAUAGUUGUGGGUGAUGCUGUGGCUCUCUGCUCUGUUGGAAAGUGCAGCAAAAUAUGGAAGAGAUAUAUUCAGGAGUGCAUUGACAAAAGCGGCAUUUACCCAGAGGAUCUGUCAAUGGAGCAUGUUAAACAGGCCAUCGCUGAUACUGAGAACUGGGCUUCCAUGGAGGAAGACGAAAGUGACAGUGAUUCAUGCGAUUCAGAUGUAGAUGUUGAUCCAAUACUUCAGGAACUCUUAGAUGAGAGCAAGCACGUGACAGUAACAGUGACCGAGGAAGGGAUGUUGGACAUUGUUAAAGAAGAGGAAACUGUUCAACAGAGAAGGACCGGAGGAACACCAGGGGUCUUCGUUCGCUCUUUGAAGAAAAGCACAAACGUACAUUACACAGAUUACCCGCUACACAUACUGGAGACGCUGCUGACAUCCCAGCCCGAAACAUAUAGGCAUUGUGAGAUCGUCAUGGAGCAGUUCUACAAGGGCUGGGCCAUCUCCCUGGAUGACAAUCAUUCACAGCGCAUUAAAAUCGAAGGCCGUGUUAAUUGCGGGAGGUCUUUCCCCGGCGAUCAGGUUCUAGUUGAGAUUCAGAAUUCAGACCAUUGUGACAACACCGCUCUAAGUGGAAAGGUUGUGGGCGUGCUGAAGGAAGGUGACUUGCCGAGAAUCUUUGUCUGCACAGUUGACGAGUUUGAUUCACAGGUAAUGGUGCCUGUCAACAAGUGUAUUACAAAGAUAUACACGCCAGGCCAUGAAAAAUCUCGCAAAAUAAUUGCCAUUCGCAAGCGCAGAAAAGGAAAAAUUGUGACAACCGGAACGCUGCACCUGACAGAAGAAAUAAGGAGAUCUAAUCUCUUUGUUGUCGAAAUACUGACUUGGCGUGAGGAAUUUUAUUUUCCGCUGGGAAUGGUAACCAAAGUCCUGCCCGCAGCGGUGACGAUGGAUCAAGGGUUGAAGAUACUGAAUUUGGAAUAUCAAGUUCCCGACAGCUACCCGAAGGAAGUAGCCAAGGAAUUGGCCAAAUGCAGCCAGGAAUCUCGGAAAACGUUUGGAGACAAUCGAAACGACUGCCGGAAUUACCCAACGUUCACUGUCGAUCCCAGAGAUUCGAAGGAUCUUGACGAUGCUAUCAGCGUGAGAGAUGUGGGUGAAUAUUAUGAGAUUGGAGUCCACAUCACAGACGUGGCAAGCUUUGUGCCCAGAGGCAGUGCCAUCGAUGUCGAGGCACUGAAGCGGGGACUGACUUACUAUCCCCCUUGCAGCGAACCGAUCCACAUGUUGCCACCAAAACUCAGCCAGGACCUGUGCAGCCUCCUGCCUGGGAAAGACUGCAGGGUCAUCUCUCUGUUUGUCCUGGUGCAGAAAGAUGCAGACGCAUAUGUUGAUGUUAGCUUCUCACGCUCUGUUAUUCGGUCGGAUAGAAAACUUUCGUACGAAGAGGCUGAAGAUAUCAUCCGGGAUUUCAGUGGGAGCGAACUCAGAUUUGAUACGCUGGAAGAUUCCAUUGCCACCGCCUUCCACUUUUCCCGAGUUCACAGAAAGAUUCGCCUUCAAGAGGAUUGCUACUACGAAAAGCCCGAUGAGCACAGACACCCAGGGAAGAGACAGUCACAUCAGAUGAUCGAAGAACUUAUGAUCAUGAUGAAUAACUACGUUGCUAAUUUCCUGAUCAACAAAUUGCACACCCAGAAUGUGACCCCGUUGAGAUGCCAGGGGUCUCCUGUUCAUCAACAAGUGGCCAAUCUGGAAAGUAAACAUAGAAACAUGAUUCAGCUUUCCCUUCACCUCUCUCAUCACAUCGACAGUAGUCAAACUUUUCCACUUCCACCUGGUCAGAAUUUCCAAAUCCUGACUGCUUCGUGGAACUGCCUGAAAGAAGCAGCUCUUAACAACGACUUUCACAAGCUGAUAGAUUUCAUCGCAACAGAUGAUAUCCAUCCACAGCUUGCACCAGUGGCAUUAGAGCUCAGAAAACUUAUGCUCAGAUCCUUCUUCAUACGCUCCAACUCAACCACUCUGUCCAAGCAAGGCCAUUACUCUUUAAACCUUGAUUCGUAUACAUGGGCAACAUCACCAAUUCGCCGAUAUUUGGAUAUUAUGAACCAGCGCCUCCUUACUGCAGCCAUAUGCCACGAGAACCAAGAGUACACUCCUCAGGAAACUGAUAAAUUAUGUCAUGAUUUCAAUCGAAAGAACACAAAGGCUUCGGCUUAUGAAAAGAAAGCUCAAAGUCUCUACUUAGCAAUGCAGCUCAACAAUCAGGUGAUGCAAAAGCUAGCUUUUGCUGUUAACGUUGAACCACAAAGCAGAUUCUUCAAGAUUAUAUUUCCUUUGAACAGCGAGGGCAUGCUAGACCUGCAUCCCAUCCACUACAGAUCUCUGCAGCUCGUGGAGCAACCUAUAUUUGACGAGAAGAAACAGUCAAUGAGCUUGGUAUGGAAGAAAAGAGUCUAUUGCCUGGAAACUAAGAGAAAUACUAUUCUGCCACCAAAGGAGUUCUCCAAUCCACAUGUUACGACCAUCAGUGGUAACGCGUGGCAGAAAUUUGUUGAAGGAGUCAAAUCUGAGCAGUUUACCAGAGUGGUUGCUCUUCUCCUGGAAGAAAGCCGGAAUGUACAAUCCAGGAACAAGGAAAAGUGUUUUGGUAAGAUAGUCGUAAGCAAAGGAAGUAACUCAACCAUUUCACAUUACGUACAGAUUUGCCUGGACCUGAAAAAUGGGGAUGCGUUGCAGUUACAGCUGGCCACAGAGAUAAAGUCUGGUUUCUUGGUGCCAGUGAUUCAGUUAUUAAAUAUAACGCCAACAUUUGAGAUUUGUGUCCAGCACGCAGAGAAUCCCAUCACGUGCUUCGCCAAAUAUGCCUCCGAAUCACCCAGAAGGAAGUACAAAAAUGCAAAGGAUUACCAAACGGUCUGGCAACCGCUGUGUGAAAUGGAAACUGCCUCAAGUGCUGCAGCAGAGAACGAAGCGAUUGUCAUUUACGAUGUGAAGAUAACCUGGGCAGGGGACAAUGCUGAAGGAAGAAAGCCACGAGGCUCAUUUAUCAUUUCCAAAAAGAAUCGCAAAGAUUGGCAAAUUCAUGUUGAUUUGAAUAAAUGCUUUCUGUGCAUACGGUGCAGGGAUUUGAAAAGAAACCUGCAAGAGAAUUCGACCAAAGAUGUGGGGCUUCUUUGUCAAGGUUUCAGGGGCCUUCACGUAUCAGAAGAAUCUCUGAACUCCUCAGAACUGAACAUCAAUCCCAACAGCUAUGUCUGGGUGGCACAUGCUGUGACCUCAAACUUCCAAGAAGACCCAUCCAAACUGAGUAGAUCGACUGAGGAUAUAGUAGAGUUUACAGUCCACCAAAUGUCCAUGGACACUAUCCCAAAGGAAGUAUUCCAGAAGGGCAGAAGUUUCGUGGUGGAGAUCAUUUCCAAACUUCUUCCGGAUAUACGUAAAGAAGAAGCUGUUUUGGAUCUUGCUUAUUCUUCUCGACUUGUUCAGUGUAUAGCACUGGGCCAGAAGAUCCCUUUCAAACAACUGAAAUCAACAAUAUUCAACCGGGACAAUUAUGACAUCCCAGGAGUCAACAAAUUAUUUUCACCACUUAAUAUGAGUCAAACGCUGGCAAUAAGAGAAGCUCUUCAGAAUCCAUUCACUCUCAUUCAAGGUCCACCAGGAACAGGAAAAACCGUGGUUGGUGUUCACCUUGUGUAUUGGUUCUUUAAGAUGAAUGAAGAAAAUGUCAGCAAGAAUAAGUUGGCUUCAGGUGACAGUCCUGAAAAGUGCAUUCUUUACUGUGGACCUUCCAACAAGUCUGUCGAUGUUGUUGCUGAGUAUUUGCUGAAAUUCAGAACACUCCUGAAGCCACUUCGUAUUUACAGUCAGCAGAUGGAGAACGUAGAUUUUCCAUAUCCCGGAAGCAACCUAAUAGUUUCCAGGAAGUCGCUCAGGGAAGGAAAGCCCAAAUCUAACAUCAGCACAAUUACUCUACAUCGCAAAAUCCGAGAACCAACAAAUCCUUUCUCGGCAAAGUUAAAAGUUUUCGAUGCACAGAUUCAAAGCAAUGAAGAAAUGACGGAAGAUGAAGUUAAACAAUACAAAAAUUUACUCAGUCAAGCACGGAAGUAUGAACUUAAGCGGCACAAUGUGAUCCUCUGCACGUGCAGCUUUUCUUCCAGCCACAUGCUGUCGGAGUUGAGUGUGCAACAAAUCCUGGUGGAUGAGAGUGGCAUGUGCACUGAGCCCGAGUGUCUCAUUCCCCUUGUUUCACACAAACAUGCAGAACAGAUUGUUCUACUCGGAGACCAUAAGCAGUUGCAACCUAUUGUCACCAAUGAUUUCUGCAGGCGCCUGGGUAUGGAGGUAUCGCUGUUUGAGCGCCAUGUUUUACAAGCUCGAAUGCUUGAUGUGCAGUAUCGGAUGCACAGAGAAAUCUGCCAGUUCCCCUCUGAGAAGUUUUAUGAAGGAAAACUGAAAACUGGUAGCCAGGUUGAUCGCAGACCGCCAAGCAUCUUCUGUCACCGUGGGAGCAGGAAUUGUCCCACGCUCUUUGGGCACUUGGUGGGGACUGAAAUGAGUUUGGUGGUGUCAACUGAAGAAGGAAACGAGAAUUCCAGAGCAAACAAAUUGGAGGCUGAAAAGGCUGUUCAUAUCGUGAGACAGCUAAUCUGUGCUAGAGUCAAACCAGAAAGUAUUGCAAUUUUAACACCAUACAAUGCACAGGUGCAGGAGAUAAAUAAGUUACUCAACGUUGGGCGAAUUACAGGGGUCACUGUGUGUACCAUCAUCAAAAGUCAAGGAAGCGAGUGGCGAUAUGUCAUUCUUUCUGCAGUUCGCUCUCUUCCACGCAAAGACGUUGACAUUAAUCCUUCCAAAUCCUGGCUGAAGAAACAUCUGGGUUUUAUCACUGAUCCGAACCAAGUGAAUGUUGCACUAACAAGAGCACAAGAAGGUCUCUGCAUUCUAGGAAACGAGCACUUACUGAGGUGCAGUAAUCUUUGGAGGGACCUGCUGGCGCAUUACAGGGCGAGGAACCGCCUGGUGAAGGGUGAAGAAAUUUCCGUUUUGACAACAUAGUCAAAACUCAGUAAAUCCAAACUGCAUUCCCACUGCUGUCUAGAAGUGUCUGUAUUUUAAUAUCUGUGAAAAACAUGCAAAGACCCUAAUUAGGACGCAGGCCUAUACGUAUAGCAGACCUUAAUUCCAGUUUGGCUAACUUUUACACCUCUACUUUUAACACGAAAGCACACAAAUACAAAGCCAUUUUACCAGAACAAUUACCAAAGUGAAAUGCAUCCAUUUAUCCAAUCUUUGAUUAACGCAGAUACGGAAAAAUGUUAGAUUUUUGUACUCAGUUACACCAAUCGGAAAGGGAUAUCUUCAAUCCAGUCAUGUACAGUACUUUAACACCCAAAUCCACACUGGAGCAGCUUUUAAAUAUAAGUACUGUUUUCGAAAACAAGUCAAAGGAUUUGUUUUUCUAAAGUAACGUGCACAUGUAAAAUUGAUGCUUAUUUUUUGAAAUGCACUUGCAGAGUGUAAGAUAAUGCGUUUGAGGUUAACUAAUGUCAGCAUUCCUAUUUUUGUAGUAAUUUUAGAGUUUAUAAUGUUUCAAAUGUUUUGUGGACCAAAAAACAAAGAAAAUAUUUGCACUUGCCACUGGAUAGAGAGGACAAUACUUUAUUUACGUCGUACUCAAAAUUGUACUUUUUAUUGAUACUUUUAAAGAACCAAUUUUACUACUACAGCCUAACUGUUUUUAGAACUUUUUUAAAAGAACGAUUGGCUUCAUCGGUUUUGGCUUCAUGCAUUCCAUGUCUCCUGCUAACAAAGAGAACGUUUGGAUGAUUCCAUCGAGUCUUUGGCAGCGACAACUGAAUAGAUUUCAUUCAAUAUGAAGUUCUGGUGACUGUCAGAGGUGGCCAAGUAUUUAGUAAGCAUUGCUGAACUAGAACCCAAAUCUCAGCAUUUUGACAUUGUCGGUGAGUUUGAGUGCCUCUACGCUACAAAGGGUUUCUACCACUUGAGGGCCUUAGUGAGCUAGUCAUACGAAAAUAUUGGAGAUGGUUCCAAUCAUAGGAAGCUAUUGUACUUGCAAACCAGCUUCAUUUUACACAGCCCCCAAAUUAACCCCUAGACUUUUAACUCCUUUAGAAUUUACCUCCAAUGACUAUCCAUGAAGUAAACUUUUUUUUCUUUCUUAAGUGUGUUCUUUUUCCAUUUUAUUGCCUGGUCUGUUUAAUCUCUCAGGUCUUUCUCUGCUUUUGAGAGGAUGAGACUUCUUUUUUGCAAGAUUAGUUACUCCUGUUCUUACCGAAUUGACAUACCAGGUUGAAUUUUUUUAUGAAGUAAUUUCUUUGAUCCAGACAUUCCCACUGUUGCAUUAAUUGGAGCCUGAGCAAGUAUUCCAGUGAAUGAAUAUUACCAAACUUCCAGUGUGGAGAAAGUGGUACAAAGCAAUGAUAGCUUCCUGUCGGUCUUCAGGGAGAAUUUAUAUUUUGCUAAGACAAUCAAAUUCACUGAAUAAAUAAUUACACAGUUGUGAAAUUAAGAUUACUUGAUGGUUCCUGUUAUGUUCAUUGAAACAACUGUUAGACAGAAAUAAAAACAAUCAAUGCAAAAUAGAAAGUGCUAUUUGGGAUUGGACUUUUAUAGGUAAAUUUGUUUUCGAAAGCUACACACUGUAGUUAUGCACAGGCUCUAACACUGUUUGUGAACGCCAGAGAGUUUUGUAAACUACAAUGCAAUUUCCUUAUGCUGUUAUGAAACUAAAUUGUCAUAAUAUUUUAAUGAAGUGACUUUUUCAGUGAAUUAAUCUUUUGUUUGAUUUUUGCUGCGUGCCAAAUGUUUAGAUUUAGGCUGCUUUGCAACACGCAAGAAUUUUAAGCAAAGUCUUAUUUUUAUAUACAUGUUCUUUAAACUAAGUUUUUUUUCCCCCAAUAGUGAGCACUUUCCACCAUUGAUCCUUUUGCAGAGUCUGCUGACUCUGGCGUCUCUGUGUUGGGCAGAUUUGCCAUGCUAGAUCUUUCUAGAGGCAGAUAUUCAAGAUUUCUCUUGAAACGGGUGAAAUUCUCAGCCACAACCCUCAGGUUUGAGGGAGAGACAAUUUUGAGGCAGGACUUAAUUCGGAGUUUCAUCCUCACUUUUCAGCGCUGACAGUCCACUUGCAUUUAAUAUCAUUUCCUGAUGCACAAUUGACAUCAAGCAGCAAUAAUUAGAAAAAUAAAUCAAACCGUUCAUUUUACAGAUACUUUGUAAUCAGCACACUAAUUAGCACUGCACUAAUUUAUAAUUACAAACUUCUUUUAAAAAAAAUGAGAUUUAAAUAAGAGGAAACGUGAUGUGGACAUGAGCUAGAAGAGAAUAGAGGGAUUUGGGAAAGAGGAUUAGGAGGGUUGGAGGCUCAUGUGGAGUAUAAACACCGGCAUAGACUACUCGGGUUGAAUAGGCUGUUUCGGUGCUCCAAGUGAUUCUAAAUUGAAGAAGUAGUUUCUAGCUAUCUUAGCUAUCAGCAGAUUUUAUUGCCAUGAUUUCCAGUUAAUAUAUGUCCCAUUCCAUCUGCCUUCUGAUUUUGUUUUCUAGGAAGGGACAAAUAUGUUUCGGUCUGUCAUGCCACCUGAGCUGGAAAUGCAAGAGAGAGAGAGAGGGGGUGGGGGCUACGAGGUUAAGGAUAUGCAAGCAUAUCAAUGCAUUCAUAUCAUUUUCAAACUAUACUCCUUGAAGGAAUUGAAUUUAUAGCAAAUUAUAUUUUUGGAGGCUCUCUUAAGUUGUGAUGAAUAGAUUCUGAAUGUUCUGAUUUUACCUGCAAAACACAGGUUAGCAAGUUUCUUUGUGUCUCUAGUCUGAACAUUUUUACCAACAUGUUUAGUAGAGGUGUGUGGUGUCUGUGUUUUACAUUCCCUUAUUCUAAAGUAUCAGGUUACAAUAUUGUGCUUGAUAUAGAUGUCAACAAAUCAAAGUACAGUGUUAAGUGCCAUUAUAAUAAUUUGAGACUUUUUUAAAUAAAUUAUUUGUAUGGUAGGUUAUUCUUUCUCUGGAUUAUAUUUUAUCAAUUUAUGUUUCUUAAAGGUGCCAUCUUUAUUUUGCUCAGUGUCAUGUGGAAACGUUAAUGAAGUUGUGCUGAUGUAUGUUUUGUAUUUGAAAGUAGAUGCAGUGCAUGUACUGGUUAAAAUACGUAAUCUCACAUCAGAUUCAUGUAAAUUGUUGAAUGCUUAGCUAUCAAGUGCGAAACGCAUUGAAUAGCAAUCUUGAACCCCUCCUCUCUGCACUGGAAGUUGAUAGUCAUGUUUUAAUAGGAAUAGAAUCAAAAUAUCUCAAUGUUCUUAAAAAUAUAUAUGGUUAGCAUAUUCCUACUAUGAAAAUGUGAAUUUUCUUUAUUGGGUAAUAAAAAGACUACUUUUUACAAUUUUGUAAGCGAUUGAAGAAUAAAUGUAAUGUAGGGAAUUUCCGAUUUAAGAUUUAUUUUGUGGGUUAGUUCAGUCUUGGACUGGGCAGCAAUAUCAUCAAAUAAACUGUCUGAAGACCA